CUGAGCUGCUACGUCACGAUACCAGGAAGGAACGCUCCAUUUUCCGGACAGCGGCGGAGCGCGCGGACAAACUGCUGCCCGUCUGUGUUCUCUAAGUGCACGAUGUCUGAUCCGAUGAAAAAGCCGUUAAUCAGAGAAAGAGGUGAACGCGGCGGCUCCAGACACCUGGAGGCCGGCGUUUCGGGCCCCGAGGCUCCGGUCAUCGGCAUCCUGGGCACGGGGGACUUCUCCCGCUCGCUGGCCAGGAGGCUGCUGGCCUCCGGGUACCAGGUGGUGGUCGGGAGUCGAACCCCAAAGCGCUCCGCGGCUCUGUUCCCCGAGGAGGCCGAGGUGACCACCCAGAUGGAGGCGGCCAGCCAGGCCGACCUCGUGUUCGUGGCGGUGUUUGCGGAGCACCACUCCACGCUGGCGCCGCUGAGGCGGGCGCUGGGCGGGAAGACGCUGGUGGACGUGAGCAACGGCGCGCGCAUCAACCAGGACGGCCCCUCCCACGCCCAGCUGCUGGCAGACAUCUUCCCGGAGAGCUGCGUGGUGAAGGCCUUCAACACCAUCUCCGCCUGGACGCUGCAGACGGGCCCGCGGGACGGGAGCCGGCAGGUUUUCCUGUGCGGCGACAGCCUCGAGGCGAAAAACUCUGUGAAGCAGAUCUGCCAGCGGACGGGCUUCAUCCCGGUGGACAUGGGGCUGCUCUCCUCCGCCCUGGAGCUGGAGAACCUCCCCCUGCACCUGUUCCCAUCAUGGCGCGUGCCUGUGCUCGCCACCGCCGGGCUCUUCUUCUCCUUCUACCUGUACAGCUUCCUGCGGGAGGUGGUUCAGCCCCGGGUGGCUGGGGGGCGGAGCCUGUUCUAUAAGAUGCCCGUGGAGCUGGUGAACGCCUCUCUGCCCGCGGCCGCCCUGCAGCUGCUGGCGCUGGUGUACGCGCCCGGCCUGCUGGCCGCCGCCCUGCAGCUGAGCAGGGGAACCAAGUACCGGCGCUUCCCCCAAUGGCUGCAGCGCUGGCUGGGCAGCAGGAAGCAGCUCGGGCUCUGCAGCUUCCUGUGCGCCGCCAUGCACGCCGCCUACAGCCUCUGCCUCCCGCUCAGGAGGUCCGCCCGCUACAAGCUGCUCAACCUGGCCUACAAACAGGUGAAGGCGGGAGUGGAGGACUCGUGGGUGGAGGAGGAGGUGUGGAGGAUGGAGCUGUACCUGUCUGUGGGCAUCAUGGCCCUGGGGCUGCUCUCCCUGCUGGCCGUCACCUCUCUGCCCUCAGUGGCCAACACCCUCAACUGGAGGGAGUUCACCUUCAUACAGGAAAAGCUGGAGAGGAGGAGGAGCCCCGGCUCAUCAGCUGGCAUGACAGCAGGAAAACAGAGGGAAGGAGGGGAAACUGGGGAGAAAGAGAAGAAGUGGAGGGAGAUUUAA